UUAUACGCAAACAAAGCCACUCCUCAACCCAGAACACACACUAAACACAACCAAAUUCUCUAAUAACACUGCCUUACCUGUGUACUCACAAAGCCGUUACCUCAUAUAUAUAAACCGUUCACUCAGGCGCUCUCACUAAAAACCCACCAUACAGCGAGCAAGCUACCGCGCUACCAACACAGCAAGCACGCACGCUCACGAAGUGAACCCUCAACUCUACAAUCUACACGCAGCACUAGCUAAGCAAAAACUUGCCUGACCAGACUCCCACCUCCGAGGCCCCGGCGAAGAAGGCGGCCUCCAAGUCUAGCUUGCUCUUCCUCUUCGGGAAGUACCUCCGCGUCCCCCCCGUGCAGCCGCAGAUCCGGCCUCGCGCGCCCCAGAAGGAGACGAAGAGCGAGGACGCUAACGAGAAGAAGGACAAGCCGAGCAUGAUGUUGCUGUUCGGCAAGUGGCUGGGUAUCCGCCCUGAAACGCCUCAGGUCCGCCGCAAGUUGCCCAAGAACGGCGAGCGUGGCGAGAACGACGAGGCUGCAGCUAGUGACGAUGCUGCGGCUAGCGACGACGCUGCGGCUAGCGACGACGCUGCGGCUGUGGAGAGGGAGUGGCGGGAGGCGGCUGAGGCGAAGGAGAGAAUGUGGAAGGACGCUGCCGAGGCCAAGAAGGACCAGUAGGUUCUGGCUUCUUCUUGGGAUACGAGUCUUCUCUGCGCUGCUUCUGCGAUGAAUCUGGGUGGGUUGCGAUUGUGGCUUCUGUGAAAAUGAAAAAAAAAAAACCGAAAAAACCGAAAAACCGAAAAACGAAAAGUAAACAAAAAAACGUAGAAACUAGGUAAGAAAAAUGCGGAGGCAAAAAAUGGGGUUAUAAAAUAUUUUGAUGUGCGCUGUGCUAUGUGAGUGAGUGUGUUUAAGUGAGCGAGUGGAUGACGGUGGCUUUAUCUUGUGCAUAAAUCGUAAAUAGUGAAAUCCCCGUAGGGAGAUAUAACUUUAUCCCCUAUAAGAUACACCCG